AUGUGCGUCGAACAGCUGCUCAAUCAUCAGUUUCUGAUGACAAUCACAUCAUUAAAGAAACUAAACCUAUCCAUCCUAUAUGCUGUUCGUUUCGAUGGACAAUUAUUGGAUAAUCAAAAGCAUCUUGUCCGACAACAUUCUCGAACUACACGUCGAGCUGAAAAUCUCGUUACAAAAAUAGACAAAGAUGAACAGGAUUUACCUCAUCCUCCAGUUGUUGCUUUUCCAUCUGCUGAGAAUAAAUUCAAAACGGAUUUAGGCACAGAAGAUAGAACUGUACCCAGUCAUGAAAUAGCACGUUGUUUUGGUUGUGGUGCACAACUUCAAUGUUCUGAUCGAACGAAAGCAUAUGAGAUCGAUGAACAAGUCUAUAGAGAUAUUCAAGCAGAGAUCAAACGAAAACGUGUCUUGAUUAUCUUAAUUGUCGAUCUUCUUGACAGGCCAGAUUCAAUUAGCCGAUCAUGGACACAUCGCGUCGAUCGAACAUCUCAGCUGACAAAGUCCUCAUUGAAUGUUGUGAUUGUUCUCGGAAACAAAGUUGACCUUUUACCAAACGUAAAUAUUUUAUUAAACGUUGCUCAAACAAUAUUAAUUGGGGGAAUCUCGACAAUUGGCGUUAAACAUAUGAACGAAAAGGCAUUGAAAAAUGAUCAACUUGGAAAAAGGUUCUCCAAAAUCGUAUCAAUGAUCGACUUCAAGAUCCACCUCAACCUCGUGGGCCAACCGUUGAAAUUCUUAUAA